AGAGAGGUAUCGUCUUGAACAUUAUCGGUGAAAAAACCUUUGCGAAAAUAUAUCAGAAAAUGGACAGAAUUGUCAUAUUUGAAAUUGAAAGCAAGCAAUCAUUUCCUUUCAUCAUCACUUGUCUUGACAUUUGCUGAUGCAACAAGGCGCUGUGGAGGAAUAUUUUCGCCAUCGAGUUUCCCGCCAAAAUACAAAUUAACAAAUCUUCAUCAAAAUGUUAGGAAGAUUUGAAGAAUUAAAGAGUACAUCUACUAAUAAACUUAGUUUGGGAAAAGCACGUAACAAUAAUGCUGAAGAUAGCAGUAACGAUAAGUCAAAACAGCGAAGGAGGAGUCUUUUCACGAAAUACGCGUCGAAAGAAAAGGAACACGAUGGCAAGGCAAUGAGGCCUUCAGCUCUUGCGAGAUAUGAUGAGCAAAUUAUUGAUUUUUCUUCAUCGUCUGAUGAAGAGCAAACGCGUAAUGAAAGCAAGCUUCCUCUGAAGAGAUCAAAUUUUACAGAAGCAAAGAACCCCAAAUUAGAACGCAUAAAUAAAAGUCAGGCAAAGGGAAAAAGAAGACGUGAAAGUGCUCCAGCCAACCUUCCACGAGUAGACGAGGGGAAACUCUCGAUUGAUUGGUCAGAUAGCAACGAUGAAUGGGAACCUCCGUCAUCAAAAGUAAAAUUACAGCAACUUGAUGCUGAAUUAGAUUCAGAAGAUAUAGACAAUUUUGAUUCACCCAAGAAGCCAAUUAAUUUGGGAAGAUCAUUUUCCACAAUGACAGAGAUUGACGACUCAACACAGAGCCAGAUUUCAGCACCAAAUGAAAAUUAUGAUACUAAAGAGGAUCCGCGAAAGGUAAAUUAUUGUGAUUCCUCAAAAAAGAGAAGGUCAAGAAUUAUGAAAGGUGGACUUGUCGAACAGUUAAAGAAAGUCACAGCAAGAGAGAUGUCUUCCUUGGUUUUCUGGCAGCAUUCUUCCAACCAAACUAGAUAUGAUUCACUGGAUGAAGACAGGGGAAUAGAUACCUUGACCCUGCAAAUUCUGAAAGCUGAAAAAAACUUUUCUUUGGUAACUCUGAUUUGCUGUACUGUUGACACACACUCAGAGACUUAUUGUAUAAUGCUUCAUGGAGACAACUAUAGAGAAAUGAAAUUGUCAAUUGGCAACCAUCUGAGAGUGUUUCCUCCUUUUAAAAAAGUUAGCGUUUCUGGGAUAGCUGUACCAGUCAUUUUGUGCACAUAUUUUAUGAAAAAUAUCACAGGAGAAGAUAAUGAUAUCAGAAAAGCAUUUGAUGUCCCAGACAAUAAAUCACUUUUAUCAUGUACUUAUGAUGAGAACUGCAAUCAUAUGGAAAAGGGAAAGAAUUCUUUGAGUAGUGAAGCAUUUGUUAGCAUGGGAAAACAGAUUGAUCUACUUUAUAGCUUUGUUUCUUGCUGUUACUUCAAGCCAUCAUCCUUUGUAGCAACUGUUGUAAAGUCUAAAAUUGUUUUGGGAAAUGUAUGCCCAAACUUUUCUUCAACAUGUGAUGAAAGCAUCAUUGAUGUGUUUAAGACAGAAGCAAAAGAAGCAAAAAGGAAUGUAAAUAUGGAGGUUUACUUUCUAAUUUUGGAUGAGAACAGGAAACUGGCAUUACUAAAUUGUCCUUUAGAAAAGUACAAACAAUUUCAUAUUGGUAAGCUAUCAUCUUUAGUUCAAACCACACUUAUAUUUCAGAAUUUCACUUUGAGAGGAAUCAAGAAUGCUGCCUUUGAUCCAACAAUAUUAUCCUUCUAUGGCAAACUAGAUGAAAACGAAAAAGAACAUGGCAACUCAGUUCCUUGUUUUAUCUUUGCCAGUUCUGCAGAAAGUGCUAUUUUGGUCCUGGGAGAUCAGAAGUCAGAUGAAGAGAGCAUGACACGCUGUAAUAAGACUGUAGCUUUGAGGAAUUCUUGUAGAGAAUCUUUUUUUGCCCAUUGCAUUUCUAUGUUGCCAGAAAUCAAUAAACAAACCCUGAUUUUUUCAUCUAAGGUCUAUUCAAUGUUGCUCAUAAGAUUGUGUGACCUUCAUCAAACAGAAGGCCUUGCAUCAGAUAGUGAAACUUCAUUGGUUCUGUUAGAAAAACUUUCAAGCUGCUUUGUGCCAAGAUAUGUUUCAGACUGCUUUCUAGAGGAUGGGCAAAUUCUAUAUCUGAAAGACGUCUCGAAGGAUACCAAAAGUAAAAGAGUUAUUGCUGAUAGUUACACAGAAAUCUGUCUGGUAAAUAGUGCUUGUCUUGCCAAUGCCAGUGAUUCAUGUGAUUUAGUUGGUUACGGAACAUUUGAAGUAGAGGAAAAGGCAAUGAAUCUGUUGAAAAGACAGCAAAAGCCUCACAUUUCCAUGCUGUCUGUAAGCAGUGAGCGUGGCACAUUUGUACAAGUAGAAGGUUUUGUUUCAGGUAUUAAUGAAGAAACUGCCAUGUUUUGGGUUGUUUGUGAUCAAUGCGGAGAAGAACUAAAAGAUGGAGUAACACAGAAAUUGCUUUUUUGUCAAACGUGUGGUAAGAAUGUUGGAAGAAAAAUACAUGUGCAGCUAGAUAUUCUGCUGAAAUGUGAGCUUGCAAUUGAUACUGCUAUUUGUAUAAGGUUAUUGGAGAAAACAAUUUAUGAAUACUUGCCAAUGGACAUUACUGAAGAUUUCAGUGGUUAUGACAUUGAUUGCAUCAUUGGAAAGAAAUUUGGCCCAACAAUUUGCUAUGUAAUGUCAAAAAGACAGAAUUCUAACUCGGUGCCAUUGAUAGAGUUAAAGGAAGCUAAUGUUGCUAAAGGGUUUGAUUUUUCAAUUUUUUAGCUUCAUUUUCCAUCUUAUGAAACAAUUUCAUGACUUUUUUGCUGUUCAUAUUCAUUAGUUUAGACAUCAAUAGUCUUGAGGAAUAUCAGAUCUUGAAAGCUAAAAGUAAUGACAUGUUAGAUUAAAUACAUUUUAGUUAUUUUAUUCAAUUAGUGAUGCAAUUUGUAGAAACUUAAUGAUAAAUUGCCAAGUGCACAGGUUUUCCACCCCUUAUUUAACAAUAAGUUGUCAGCUAAGUAUAUCUGGCCAGAAAAAUCGAAAAGUUUGUCUUAAAAUGACUUGUUUGCUCAUUAAAACUCCUAAACAUAUGGUUUAUAAUUAUUUAUCUUAACCGAUUUUUGCCAACCUAGAUAAUAACUUGCUCUCGCUCUCUGAUCUCAAAUUUUCGAUGAUUUUGUAUAAGACCAAACAGGAAUGGGAAAUUUCAAAUUAAAAACAUCUUUUUUGGUGGCCAGUUUCAACCUCCUAAAAUUGAUGGGAGCAUUUCUAUCAAGUAUCCAUCUGUUUUCUUAGACACCCCCUCCCCAAACAAAAGAGUGCACCCCUUUGCAACAUAAAUUGUGGUAGGAACGUUUAUGGCCCGUUUGGGAAUAAGCCAGUCUCACAUCAAAAGAGAAAGAAAGUUUUUAGAAAAGGGAGUCAUUUGACGAGUGAGAAUGAAACUCCGGCUUAUGUGUGCAAUUAUGAUGUAUAAUGAUUUUGGCUGUGAAGCGACAUGAGAUGUAAAUUUUGCCUUCCCCUUAAUACGCAUGCUUAAAUGAUACACUUUCUCCAGACAAAUUGAUAGAACAAUGGCCUUCUUCUAUGUUUUAUAUGUGUUUUAUCUCGCAAUUAUUACGUCUACCCCCUCCCGAAAAGAACAAUGUUGAUAGUUUAGGCAAAUAGCUCAGGGGACUGAGCCCCACUUGUUAAUGCCGAAAGUUGGCAAGAAUAUACUUUUUCUAUUGUUUUUCGCAACAUUUUCUGCAAGAGCCCCCCUUGUUAUUUUGACAGCUCUACAACACCACUGCAUACAAUUCCCACGAAAAAAACAUACUACCUUAUUUGUUUUCUUUGUCGUUUUAAAGAAAACUAACAUCUUCCUAGGGGAAAAGAAGAUCGCUACAAACUCCUAGGGGAAAGGAAGGUUGGAAAACUGACGUCAGUGAUUUUUUUUUAUAUUCUCAUAAAAUUUACAACGACAAUCAAUUACAAUACAAAAGCCUAGGGAGCAUGGAAAUGCAUAACAACCCUAAGAAUUACACUUAACAUCGAGACACAAAUAUUACAAUAAUAAGCUACAAAAGUGAUUGGAGUGGUGUCGCCCAUCGUUCCAAUAGCGUUGCAGAUAUGAAAAAUACUCACAAAAAGCUAUUUAAAAGAAAAUAUCAAGUCUACCUAUGUUACUUGCUAAUCAAACAAAUUUGCGCCCAGACCUGAUGAGCGACACCACUCCAAUCAUAAAAGGAAUAAAAUUUACACAAAAGAGAAAAUAAUUUACACGAGAGAGGUUUUCACGAGAAAGUUGAUAACUUAUUGGAACCGUUCUGAGGCCUGAAUGUAUUUUAAUGUUGCAUCAAGAAUGUUUGUAUUUGAAUCAAAAGGUAACUUUUCAUGGCCAUUAGCAGUGAUUGUUAACAAAGGGACUUUCGUUGUCAGAAAUAAUGUAGCAUCUUUGUCUGCGUUCGCGGGAUAGCCUAGAUCUUUUGAUUUAUCUAAACUCCAGUUCAUUUUAUGAAUGUGUCAGUAACUCGUUCUUCGAGUUAAGAAUUUAAUAAAUAAUCUAUUUAGUAAAAAUUAAAAAUAUUUUACUCUAUAUUUUUCCAUAAAACGAUUUUUCAACAUUUUAAUAAUAGGAGUUGAGGCAUUUCACUAUUUUAACAAAUAAAAAGAGGUGCAACUGAACUCAUGGUACCUGCAACGUGAAAUAAUAUUGAAAUUCAAUAUUUUUCUAAGCUAUUGACUCAAACUCCUUAAACCCGUCAAAAUUCUUCAUUAACUAGCAACGUGCUCUGUUCCUCGACCAUUCUGGCAUGGCACGAGCAAAUAAACUCCAUUGGGUUAUUUGGUAAGCUAUAAGAUAUUGAAAUGCAGUCUUGUCUGAUGCGAGUAGUACAAACAGUUUCGGCAUAAUGCUUUGUAAAAAGUCCGAACGUCAUAAAGUCAUUAGAACGUCAUAAAACAAAUCAGCACGUGAGAGUGAAAGUCGAACUCAAUGGGGAGGUGUCCAGUUCCUCUUUUUAGGACAUCUUUCAUCUGCCCACAUGCUUACAAGUUUUCCAUUGAAGAGUUAUCUGCGAAAUGGCGAAAACUUCACGCUUUUGAAACUGAAUUUAGUUGAAAGGAGGGUUCAAAUCCCUACAACCCCAAUAGCCAGGACCGCCGAGAGUGGGGGCAAGGAAGGCAAACUUCCUCAGGGUAUAGGGGGCCUCGUAAAGCAUUAAGUUCCAUUAUAAGAAUAGAAUUAAGAAAACUUAACAAAGGUUUGCCUAAAAAAGUAAAACGUUUUGAACGACUGCAAGAAAAUGACUGCAAAAAUGAUCUGAAAUAUAUUUAAAGGAAAUCUAAAGGGCGUGGUCAGAAAAUUUUCUGCUAGCAAGGGGCAGCACCUUAGGAUUUUGCCUCAGGGCCUCCAAAUCCUUGCAGCGACCCUGCCAAUAGCUACAGCCUUCUGAGCGGUUAAAUGACAAAUUCACUGAUUGCAAGGCAAAGGCAACAAGACUAAAAUC